AUGGAAACCACCAUCGCCCUACAAGUGCUCCUGGCACCACACCAAACCGUCCCUCUCACCUCCUCCCUCCCCAUCGAAAUUUCCAUCCACAACGCCGCCAGCACUCCCGUGACAAUCCUCGACCGAAACACCCCCCUCGAGCCCGGUGCCGGCCACCUGGGCGUCCUCAAACUCCACGACGCGCAAACACACGAAGAAGUGCCUAUCUCCACAAUCUCCGCUAGUCGCGUACGGCCCCCGCUUCUGAAUGAGUAUAUCGAGAUUCCUUCCGACGCGACGGUGAAGAAGACUCUUGAGUUGCGGGUGGAUGAGAAAGAUAUACAAGCUGGACGGGAGUAUAUGGUGCGCGCGGAGGGGUAUUGGUCGGCUGUGUGGUACACGGCUUUGGGUGAUAUUACGGAGGAGCAGAGGGAUCAUUCUUUGAAUGCGACGACGGGGGAGUUUUUGUCGAAUGUUGGACGCGUCAAGGUAGAAUGA